GCGUCUGCAUAGAAUCACCCCUUUUCCUGUCCUCCUAGCUGUGACUUACACUGGAAGACUAGACUUUUUAAAGUCUUUGCCUCUUUGUGUUUUACAAACAAAAAGCUGUCUCUCUUGUUUCCCAUUGUUUUUCCAGGCAAUGAGUGUUCUCACCCUGGUAAGCUAGCAUUGUCUUCUUGAGUUGAAAAACUUGAAAGAGUUAGGCUCUCCUCCCUCACAUGGCUGAACAUCCUUGGCCUUUCCCCCUCCCUCAAAAACCCUAGCUACCCCUCUUUCCCCUUUCUCCAUUGUUGGUCUCCCUAAGCUUGUAUACACUCUCUUUACACUUCUAGACAGAUCCCAAUGCCCCUCUUGGUGCUUCUGGGAUCUAAAAGUGACCAUUUGAAGAACAAGGAGCUCUCUUGAAGUCUAGUUCACUUGGAAGACUUGUCAAUUUUUUUUGGGGGGUGCAGUCUAUGAUGAUAGGCAUCUAAUUUAUUCAGCUAUGCAAGCCCAACAGAGGAAAAUAACUUGAACAACGUAACAGUGGUAUCAGAGCAUUGAAGAUCUUACAAAACAAAACAGCUAAGGUUUAGGUUCAAAGAAUGGCAGCAAGUUCCAGCAUUACAACCUUCAAAUUUUCGUCAGCCGUACUACCGAUUUUUGAUGGAGAAAAUUAUGAUUUUUGGAGCACUCUAAUGAGAACCUUUUUCAUCUCAGAAGAUCUGUGGGAUUUGGUUGAAAAUAGCUACGAAAGCCCUCAAAGCCAAGAAGAAUAUUCAGCAUGGUCGGAGGCAAGGAAGGAGAAGUUGAAAGAACAUAAGAUGAAAGAUGCCAAAGCCUUGUACUACAUUCAACAAGCAAUCACGAAAACAAUUGCUCCAAGGAUAAUGGCUGCAACAAAAUCUAAAGAAGCAUGGGAGAUUUUGAAGAAUGAGUUUCAAGGAUCGGAGAAUCAGUUAUUGGAGCAAUCUUUUCAAACAAAGAUGAAUAUGUCAGAGAAUAAGGAUGGAGGAAACAAGAAACAAAAUCAAGGC